AUGCGAAGCUACUGUUGCGUUGCGUCUAAAUCUAUUACCGCAGCUUAUAAAACCCUGCCGCCAACGGCUACUCUUUUCAGUCCAAACUCAACCGCAAGAUGAGUCAAACAAAACCGAAAACGUGUGAGAAGAAAGUAAAAACCGCGGAACUGAAACUGUUAAAAAUACUAAGCAGAACAAAUGCUUUAAAAUUAAACGAUUCGAAUAUCGCGUGCUUGGAAGUAAACAUGAAGAGAGAGCUUAACUUUUUAGCGGGAGUUUUGAAAUUUAGGGUUCUAUUUCCAGUAGCUAUUUUGUUUUUUGUGUCUGCUAUGUGGUGGGUUUAUACGGAACUAUCGUCAAAGAACUGCCUCAUUUCCUUACCGUCAUCAUCUAAAGCGCUCUUCCGCCCCCCUGAAGACUGCUCCAUGUGCGUCGGCGUUGAUGACGUCACGCGCGUCGCCAACAUCUCUGCGCAGGAGUUUGAGGAGCUGUAUGCGUACAACACAUUGCCGGUCAUAGUUACCGAUGCUACUAAGGAGUGGAAGGCUAUUAAAGAAUUCAACUUCAACUUCUUCCGCGACUUCUAUCGACAAGGCUCGCUGGGGCGGCAGACUGGCGAUUGCUCAUUCUUCGCCUACAACUCGGGGCUACGUUCGCUCAGCGAGGUGUUCGCUAUGGAUGAGCAACGAGCGAACUUAUCUGGAGAUCCUUGGUACGUCGGUUGGAGUACGUGCCUAGACGGCGAGACGCGAGCGCUACGCGAAUACUACUCGCGUCCCUACUUCCUCCCUCGAGCCGCCGAGAGCGACGCAACUGACUGGCUGUUCAUGGGCGGCCCUGGACAGGGCGCGCAUAUGCACGUGGAUUCAGUAAGGCACGUAUCAUGGCAGGCGCAGGUACGCGGGCACAAGCAAUGGCAGCUGGCUCCACCGCCCGAGUGCCUCUAUCAAUGCCGCUGGGUCACCUUUACCGUUAAUCCUGGGGAGAUAUUGGUGGUGGACACGAACCGCUGGUACCACCGCACCACCGUGUUGCCUGGAGACAUCAGCAUCACCAUCGGAGCCGAAUACGACUGA